GUGACGGCAGCACUGGGCGCCAUCCGCAGCCCCAACUGGCCGAGCCGCUACCCCAGCAGGAAGGAGUGCGAGUGGAGCAUCGGCACCGCGCCGGGGCACCGCGUGCAGCUGACGUUCUCAGAGCUGGACGUGGAGCCUCACGCUGACUGCAGUUAUGACCACGUUGCUGUGCACGACGGCCCGGACGCCGCAGCUCCACUCAUCGGCCGCUUCUGCGGCUCUGUGGCGCCGCCGGCCGUGCUGAGCUCCGGCAGCUCCAUGUUUGUGCGCUUCGUGUCCGACGGCUCCGUGCAGAAGAAGGGCUUUGAGGCCGCACACUCCUCAGGUAUGGGGCUGGGCAGCGCCUCGCCCGGCAUGGUGGCACCCCAUGGGCACCCCGUCACCCCAUCACCCCGUCCCCCCAACACCCUGCAACC